UUUAUUCAUUUAUCAACUUAUUAUAAUUAUAAAUAGCUAGAUAGAAUAUUUCUUAUUUGAAAAUUUAAAUUAUUCAAAUCAUCAUGGCACAAUCAGAAGAUGUUCGUGCUAUGAUUGAACAUGUCCGUGUGAAAAAAGCCGAUGGAACAUUGUAUUUGAUGAAUGAACGAAUCGCAUGGAUGCCGAACGGCAAAAAUACUUUUACGAUAUCACAUAAUUAUGCCGACAUUAAAACGCAAAAAAUUUCACCUGAAGGAAAGCCUAAGAUUCAAUUGCAAAUCGUUUUGGCCAAUGGAAGUGAUACAUUUCAUUUUGUAAAUCCUAAAGGUCAACAAGAUCAGCUAGAAGAUCGUAAUCAAGUAAAAGAAAUCCUACAGCAAAUGUUGCCGUUGUUUCGCCGAAAAAUGUCUCAAGAAAUGGAACAGAAAUGGAAAGUUCUAGUUGAUAAUCCAAGUCUUUAUCAACUUUAUAAAGAAUUGGUUGCUACAAACAUUAUUACAACUGACGAAUUCUGGGAGACUUAUGCCACACGAAAGCAAUUAGCAAUGAAAGGAAUUGAUGCUACCGGUAAAAAAGAAAAAGUAGGAGUAUCUUCGGCUUUUUUAGCCGAUGUCAAACCACAAUCCGAUGGACAGAAUGGCAUACAUUAUAAUAUUACAAGUGAAAUAAUUGAAGCUAUAUUUCAAACAUAUCCAGCCGUAAAACGGAAGCAUUUUGAAUGUGUUCCUCAUAAAUUGACUGAACAAGAAUUUUGGCAACGUUUUUUUCAAUCACAUUAUUUUCACCGUGAUCGUAUGACUUCAAUGAAAGAUUUUUUCAACGAUUGCGCCAAACAAGAUGAAAUGGACAUCCAAAACGCUAUUAAAAAAGGAAUAAUUGAUCCAUUUUUCGAUAUAAGAGUAUUUGACGAUCCAGUUGAACCAACGUUGGAAAACGUGUUGGGUUCUGAAGCAACGACUAGCUCAGGAAAGCCAGAACUAUCUGCUAACAAAGCUUUGAUCAGAAGAUUUAACUUUCACUCAAUAAUGGUUUUGGAUGCAUGUCGAUCGGAGGAAGAACGUGGAUACAAAGAUCCAUUGUCGAUAAUAAGUGGAGAUAAAAAGAAAGAAUCUAAAGAAAAACCAACAGAAGAAUUAACCACAUCUAUUGUCGAAGUGAAAGAUGAUGCUUUUGAGAAUGAAAGAUUAAUGACCAAAAAGCGACGAUUAAAAGAAGCUACCGAAUAUGAUGAUCUUGCAGGUAAAAAACCUGCAAUCGGAGCAUCAAUUGACGACUUUGAUGAAGGAGUUCAGCCACCCAAACUUCAAGUUACAAAUACGGAACGUUAUAUGUAUGGGCCAACACCUUUGUUAAAAAAUUCCGAAAAUUCAUAUGAUUAUCCACAUGAUAAACGAAAUUUUAAAGCAUCUUUACAAGCUGCUGUAUUACAACAAAUCGCAUCCAUUACAUCCAAUUGGCGACCAUUUUCUGGCAUCAUACAAGAUUCUAAAAAAGCUAUCCAAGUUGUGAACGAUCUAUCUCCCGGUGGCAUACUCAUGAAAGAUGCAGCCGUUGUAUCAUCGAAUCUCAAGGAUGAAAUACCUAAAGAUGUUCUAAUGGAACUUAGAAACCUUACGAUGGCCCUGAAUGAAUUGCUUUAUCAUUUUUGGCAAUGUAUUCCGUUUUCCAAUCAAACACACGAGAAAAAAUUUAUCGAAAUGAAAGAAACAUUGGAUCGAUUUCAUUGUAAUAAACUACAGCCAUUUCAUGACCGUGUUUCAAGAGAAUUUCAUCGUGAUUUAACUAGCCAUCUAUUUAGCAAACUUGAAUCAGCACAUGCUCGAUACAAUAGCUGGUUUACGAAAAAACAGUUACAAUGCAAAAAUUGAUAAAUCGAAAACUAAAAUAUAUACAUUCGUUUAAAAAGUGCUUCAUUAUAAAAUACGUCCAAUAUGUGUGGCUUUUGUUUGUGAUUUUCGAACCAAACCAUCGAGAGAAAAUUGUGCUUAUUGUUACCACGACAACCUGCAUGCAAGAAAUGUUAGAAUUGGAUGAAACCAGAAAAUGAAAAAAAAACUUUAACACCACCAUCAUCAAAAUCAUUAUCAUAGGUCAUUAACAUUGAUCUCGAUUUUUUUUUCUUUCAAACAACGAUAAAGCAGGCAGGCUGACUUGGUUUCGAAUGUUGUUGUUGUUGUUAUUCAGGGUU